AUGUUCAUCGCCAUCAAUAGACAUACUCUUCCAAGUCCGACAUGGUCAUUAAAUAUUAUUCAUCCCUGCGUAGCUGUGGACGACGAGUUCACUUUGAGAACAAACUGCUUCUUGUCAUCGGGUCGACUGUCAGAGCCUGCCUGCUUUGGCAGAUUCGAUGUCACAGCCACCAAGGUGUCUUCUUUGCAAGUCGAGUCCCUACUAGAACAACGUCAGAUACCGCGUACAGAGUUCAACAUUGUUAUAUAUAUAUAUGAUAAUCGAGGUGGAGCCUGGCCACCCAUCUCCAGGACCUCUAGCCGAGCUGGUUCUGCCGCGACUUGUUGCCAGCUCCUUGGGGGUCAUGUACAGCCUCAUUGCACCCAACUGGACCUCGGUGGCGAGACUGCCUGUCUGAAAUGUCUUCCCUCUAUCACACUCAGCCGUUUUAUGAGUUUGUCGAUGGUCUCAACCAGCAGGUAUAUAGCUUAUCUAUGCUUCAAUCACGAAGUCUCAGCAGUGCCCCUUGAAGAGGUGGCAUCCAACUCAGAGUCAGGGGCCAUCACCAACGCUGUGGAGCCAUGA